AUGGCACGCCAGGGCAACGUGAAAACGGCCUCUUCUGGCUCGGCCGCGGCGAUGGGCUCGUCGGCCACAGAUCCCUCGUCUGCACCCUCCCCGCGCGACCGUAUCAUGACGCACAUGAACCGCGACCACCAGCGUGAGCUCUCCCUCUACCUGCGCCACUACGCCGGCCUCAGCCGCUCCGCCGCCUCGUCGCCGUGGCUCAAGGACUGCACUUUUGAAGGCAUGACCAUCGCAGCCGGCGGGCUCGGCGGCAAGGAGUUCUUCAUCGAGUUCAAGCCGGCCCUCACGGCGUGGGAGGACGUGCGGCCCGCCGUCGUGGAUAUGGCGCGCGCGUCGCAGCAGGCGCUGGGGUACAGCGACAUCACCGUCGGGCACUUUGCGCCGCCGCAAGGCUUUGACGUGGUUGUGUUUGGGGCCGUUGCGUUCUACUUUGUCUGCUGGCUUACGCUUGGGUUUGUGCUGCCCGGUACGCCGAUCUGGUCCUUCCUCCAGACCGCGUUCCCCGGCGGCCCAAGGUUCUAUCGGUGGUUGGUCAAGACCAUCUUCCUGCCCGUGUUGGGAAUCCAUCUGAGCGAGUGCUAUUGGUUCCACCGCACGAGGCUUCAGAGGCACGGUAUCGAGUUUGGAACGGGCUUGUGGUGGACGUGGAUCGGAAGUCUUUUCUUUGAGGGACUGCCUGGCUUCUGGAGGUUCGAUGGCAUUGUCGCGGCCAAGAGGCAGGAGAAGGAGAGCAAGAGCCACUGA